GGUAUAUCUAGCAACGACCACCAUAAUGUACAGUGAAGUCAUUCCCCAACGAGAGAACACAGCCUCCAGCUUGCAACGGGUGGCUUUUCUGAAGGAAGUACUCAUUCCCCGCAUGACACCUUUCUUACUGAGAAUGGCGGAGUACUCAUUACCAUAUUUGACGUUAACACAAUGUUGGCGACGAAAUUGGGUUACUUAUAAUCCUGCGUGCACCAAACCGAUCUCACUCCUUCGUUGACACCUUGAUCCAGUCCAAACAAAAUCGCAAAGAGCCCUCGACGCGAAACGCCAUCAUGCACACCCCAUCCCUCCUCCUGACCAUCCUCCCCCUCCUCUCCCUCAAAACCCCCACCGCCGCAGCCCUCCCCUCCCUCUCCCUCACCGACAUCAGAUUCUACUCCUAUGUCCUAUUUGUCACGCCAUCCGCACAAGGCCCCCGACAAGGCGUCAUCUUCACUAUGACCAACAGCGCCAUCGAAGUUCCCAUCACCUGCAGCGCCGUAUCUUACAAUGCUUACGCUCUCUUCUCCUCCUCCGUAACCUACGAAUGCAACUUCGCGCCUGCAGGAGGCGAAGAAGAGAGGGAGGACCCUUGGUGCUGGACCAAUAGUGCGACGUUCAAUUUCGACACGACGAAGCUGGAUGAAAAGAAUGUGACGAUUUAUGAUUUGACGGUAGAGAUGAGUUGGACGUGUGAGAACGAGGGCGUUUACGGCCUUUCUGCUCAGAGCAUCUUGGAUCUGGAUUGUAGCGUGUGGUCGUGUGAGAACCGCAUGUGGCCCAAGUAUGAUAUCUACUCCAACACUAGUACAUACUGUGCGCCGUACAAUGUUAGUUUCGGUACUGGGGAUGUCGAGGUGCUGAAGUUGGAGUAA